CAAGACAAAACAACCACAACCAAAACAAAGCAGAAGCUGUCAGCGUGCGAAUACCGAAGUUAGUUAACUGACUAUUGGCACUACCGCAAUUUAAGCAACAAUGGCCUCCCUAACCUCCGAGGGAAACAUCACAAGUUUUCAAAAGAAAGGAAGAAAUCGGAUUCCUUACAUUCAAGGAACCCGUCAAUCCGUCCAGAAUGCUCAAAUUCUUGCUUCAAGUGGGGUGCCGUCGCUUGACCAUGUUUUGGGAAAUGGACUUCCUGUAGGCACCAUUCUCCUCAUAGAGGAAGACGUUUUUGGUACUUUUGCUAAGCUUAUGUUGAAAUACUUUCUCGCUGAAGGAGCUGCUUGUGAUCAUCCUCUCUUCUUGGCGAGCCGUGACAUUGUGCCAAAAUCUCUUAUGAAGGACCUACCUCUUCCUAUCAAAUCUGAUUCUGGCUCCGGGUCUUCUCAAGGCGCGAAAGUUGAGGAUCCCAUGACAAUAGCAUGGCGAUACCAGAAUAUGCGACAGGUGCAAUCUGCACCUGGUUCAUCCAACAGCGGCACUCAGCUUGGCCACAACUUUGAUCUCACCCAAACCAUCUCACCUGAGGAUUUAGAUAGCUGUGAUUUCACUUUGUGGUCUGGUCCUGAGGAAAAUGAUCUUCCUGUAGGGGGUUUUAUCAAUCCUGAUUACGGCUUUCUUUUGUCACGAAUUCAAAAGCAUUUAUUAGAUGGCCAAUUUGGUGUGCAAGAUGAGCCCAGCAAACACAGUAUAUUGCGCCUUGCGAUUCAUUCCCUUGGAUCACCCUUGUGGGUCAAUUCUUCAUGUGGUCAGUCCUUGGAUGCUACCAUCAAAAAAGAUCUUCCGAGGUUUCUACUCUGCCUGCGAUCUUUGUUGCGAGAGUCGUAUGCUUUAGCUAUGGUAACAGUUCCAUGCCACUUAUUUCAGGAUCCUGCUAUCCAAAGACUCUGUGAGUACCAGAGUGACAUGGCCUUGAAGUUUGAGUCCUUUGCAGGAUCCUCAUAUGAAACUAAUCCAGUAUUCAAAGAAUAUCAUGGUCUUCUCCAUGUACGCAAACUAGGUCCAAUCAACACUCUGGCAACCCCUGUACCAGAGAGUUUAGACCUUGCAUUCAAACUUAGGCGAAGAAAAUUUGUUAUUGAGAAAUUGCACUUGCCUCCUGAACUUCAAGAAUCGGCUCAACGAGAACAAGAUGAUAUUUUGUCCGGGAAUAAAUCUUUCAGUUGUUCUUCAAAUCAGAGCAGUAAAUUGGAUUUCUGAAUAUUUCUUUUAAGUGAGGCAAGGAUCAAGGUUUUACCUUCAUGUAUCAUAAUUUUCACUUUUCCUUAAUAAAACAGUUGUUAUUGAA